AUGUCACUCUCUAGCUAUGUAAAUAAGAAAGUUCUGAUCUUAACUGCGGAUUCGAGAACGCUAGUUGGUACACUAUUGAGUUGCGAUCAACAGACUAAUUUGGUCCUAUCCCAAACCAUCGAGCGCAUAAUCCGACCUCCAGAAGACCCCGAAGCCUCCAGCGAAAUCCCACAUGGUCUCUAUCUAAUCCGCGGUGAUAAUGUUGUAGUGGUUGGAUUAGUGGAAGAGGAGUUGGAUGAUAGUAUUAAUUGGGUAGAGGUCAGGGGGGCGGUCAUUGGGGGGACGAAACACUCGUGA